GCUCGGGGCUCGGCGCGCAGCGGAGCCGCCGGAGCUCCGUGGCCCUUCCCGGCCCCUGCCCGGCCCCGGCCCGGCCGGGCCAGGCUCCCGAACCGCGCUGCCGGUACCGGGGGCGGCGCGGGGCCGCGAGGGGCGGCGCUCGGCCCCCCCCGAACCCCUCCCGGAGCCCCGGGACCCCCGGCGGGCCCUGCCCCGGAGCGCGGCCGCCGCCACGGGACGGGAGCAUGCGGAUCCUCCUCCUGUGCCUGCUGAGUCUCGCCGGGAGCCGCGGGCAAGCGGUGCAGACGCGCUUCGUGGAGGAGCCCGAGGACCGGACGGUGGUGGCCGGGCAGAGAAUCGUCCUGUCCUGCGUGGUGCUCAACUACUCCGGCAUCGUGCAAUGGACCAAGGACGGGCUGGCCCUGGGCAUGGGCCAGGGCCUCAAAGCGUGGCCGCGGUACCGCAUCGUGGGCACGGCGGACUCGGGCCAGUACAACCUGGAGAUCCGCGACGCCGAACUCUCCGAUGACGCCGUCUACGAGUGCCAGGCCACCGAGGCCGCGCUGCGCUCGCGCCGCGCCAAGCUCACCGUGCUCAUCCCCCCGGAGGACCCCACCAUCGACGGCGCCCCCGAGAUCCUGCUGCGGGCAGGGACCCCCUACAACCUGACGUGCCGCGCGCGCAGCGCCAAACCCGCGGCCACCAUCGCCUGGUUCCGCGACGGGCUGCAGCAGGACGGCGCUGUCACCAGCACGGAGCUGCUGGCCGAUGGCAAGCGCGAGAGCACCACCAGCCUGCUGGCCAUCAACCCCACGGACCUGGACAUCGGCCGCGUCUUCUCCUGCCGCAGCUCCAACGAGGCCGUGCCGGCCGGCAAGGAGACCUUCGUCAGGCUGAACGUGCACCAUCCCCCGACGGUCACCCUGUCCAUCCAGCCGCAGACGGUGCAGGAGGGCGAGAGGGUCGUGUUCACCUGCAUGGCCACGGCCAACCCCGAGAUCAAGGGCUACAGGUGGGCCAAAGGGGGGGUGAUCAUCGAGGAGGCCAAGGAGAACAGGUACGACACGCAGGUGGACUACACCUUCUUCACUGAGCCCGUGUCCUGCGAGGUGCACAACGACAUCGGCAGCACCAACGUCAGCACCCUGGUGGACGUGCACUUCGCCCCCCGGAUCGUGGUGGACCCCAAGCCCACGGUGACCGACAUCGGCUCCGACGUCACCCUGACCUGCGUGUGGUCGGGGAACCCCCCACUCACCCUCACCUGGACCAAGAAGGAAUCCAACAUGGUCCUGAGCAACAGCAACCAGCUGUACCUCAAGUCGGUGACGCAGGCCGACGCCGGCCAGUACGUCUGCAAGGCCAUCGUGCCCCGGAUCGGCGUGGGCGAGAGGGAGGUCACCCUCUUCGUCAACGGCCCCCCGAUCAUCUCCAGCGAGCCGGUGCAGUUCGCCGUGCGCGGCGACCGUGGCAAGGUCGAGUGUUUCAUCGGCAGCACGCCGCCGCCCGACCGCAUCGCCUGGGCGUGGCAGGAGAACAUUCUGGAAGCCGGCACGCUGGAGCGCUACACGGUGGAGAGGAGCAACACGGGCAGCGGCGUCCUGUCCACGCUGACCAUCAACAACGUGGUGGACGCCGACUUCCAGACGCGCUACAACUGCACGGCCUGGAACAGCUUCGGGCCCGGCACGGCCAUCAUCCAGCUGGAGGAGAAAGAGGUCCUGCCCGUGGGCAUCAUCGCCGGGGCCACCAUCGGCGCCAGCGUCCUCCUCAUCUGCUGCCUGGCGGCCCUCGCCUGCUUCCUCUACCGGCGCCGCAAAGGAAGCCGCAAGGACGUCACGCUGCGCAAGUUGGACAUCAAGGUGGAGACGGUCAACCGGGAGCCGCUGACGCUGCACGCGGACAGGGAGGAGGACACGGCCAGCGUGUCCACGGCCACCCGCGUCAUGAAGGCCAUCUACUCGUCGUUCAAGGACGACGUGGACCUGAAGCAGGACCUGCGCUGCGACACCAUCGACACCCGCGAGGAGUACGAGCUCAAGGACCCCACCAACGGCUACUACAACGUCCGCGCCCACGAGGACCGGCCGGCCUCGCGCUCCGUCCUCUACGGCGACUACCGCGCGCCGGGCCCCGGCCGCUUCGAGGCGCGGCCGCCGUCGCGGCUCUCGCACUCCAGCGGCUACGCCCAGCUCAGCUCCUACCCCCGCGGCGGCCCCGAGUUCCCGCCCGAGGCCGCGGCGGCCGCGGGGACGGCGGUGGGGGACACGGCCAGCCAGCUGUCCUACGAGAACUACGCGGGCGGCGGCGGCGCCUUCCCGGGCGGCACCGCGUACCCGCCGUACCGGCUGGGCUUCGGCGCCGCCGCCGCCGCGGGGCUGGAGCGCGGCGCCUACGAGGCCUACGACGUCGUGGGCAAGUUCGGCGGCGCCACGCGGUUCUCGUACACCUCGCAGCACUCGGACUACGGGCAGCGCUUCCAGCAGCGCAUGCAGACGCACGUUUAGGGCGGGGAGGGCUCCGCGGGUACCUCACGAGCGUCCCCUGAUAUUCAGGGGUUCGCCCCGAUCCCCCCGAUCCCCCGACCUCUCCUUGGAGCUUCCGUUCGUUCCCUCGGUUCUCUCGCCGGUACGUUCCCGUCCCCGCGGGCGCAGGGAGGGCUCGGCGCCGUGCUCGUCGUCCCCUCCGCGCCGCCCACGGGGUUUGAGCCCCCGUCGCCGUUCCCGGAGCUUUCCCAGGAGCAGCUCUGCGUGUCCCCAGAUCCAGAGGGGCGUGCAGACCCCAAAACCAGCCCCAGCCUGGACCAUUCCAAUUCCUCAAACCAUUCCUCAAACCAUUCCCCAAACCAUUCUCAUUGGGAUCUGUGUGCUCCCAAAUCCAGAGGGACACACAAAUCCCAAAACCAGCCCCAUCCCAAACCACUCACACUCCUCAAACCAUUCCCAUUGGGAUCCACGUGUUCCCAAAUCCAGAGGGACGCACAAAUCCCA